AAGCAGAACUCUUUAUUUCAAGUCUUGUCUUGUUACCAAAGAAAAACCCCUCCCCAAAUAAAUCUUGUGUGUUUGUUAACCGAGAAAGUACGAGAAAGUGAAAGAGAAAUGUCAGGCAUGGAGCGAUUGCAAAGAAUGUUUGCAGGUGCAGGAGGCGCUUUAGGUCACCCACCUCCCGAUUCUCCCACUCUUGAUUCAUCGGAGCAAGUAUAUAUAUCCUCUCUCGCCCUCCUCAAAAUGCUCAAGCACGGAAGAGCUGGGGUUCCUAUGGAAGUGAUGGGAUUGAUGCUUGGAGAGUUUGUGGAUGAAUAUACUGUUCGUGUUGUUGAUGUUUUUGCAAUGCCACAAAGUGGUACUGGUGUUAGUGUUGAAGCUGUUGAUCAUGUUUUCCAGACUAAUAUGCUUGAUAUGCUCAAACAGACUGGAAGGCCAGAGAUGGUUGUUGGAUGGUACCACUCUCAUCCUGGAUUUGGCUGUUGGCUCUCUGGUGUUGAUAUAAACACCCAACAGAGUUUUGAAGCUCUAAAUCAACGAGCUGUGGCAGUUGUGGUGGAUCCAAUUCAGAGUGUUAAAGGGAAAGUGGUGAUUGAUGCUUUUCGUUUGAUUAACCCGCAAACAAUGAUGCUUGGCCAAGAACCGCGGCAGACAACUUCUAACCUUGGGCAUCUGAAUAAACCAUCCAUUCAGGCGUUGAUCCAUGGACUGAACAGGCACUAUUAUUCGAUAGCUAUUAAUUACAGAAAGAAUGAACUUGAGGAAAAAAUGCUUCUUAACCUGCACAAAAAGAAGUGGACAGAUGGAUUGACACUAAAGCGGUUUGAUACUCAUUCUAAAACCAAUGAGCAGACUGUUCAGGAGAUGCUGAACUUGGCUAUUAAAUACAAUAAGGCAGUGCAAGAGGAAGAUGAGCUACCACCUGAGAAGCUAGCAAUUGCAAAUGUGGGAAGGCAAGAUGCGAAGAAGCAUCUUGAAGAGCAUGUUUCUAAUCUGAUGUCUUCCAACAUAGUUCAAACUUUGGGUACCAUGCUCGACACAGUUGUUUUCUAGUGUCAUGUCUGUAUUCUCUCUAGAGUCCUCACCUUUCUUCAUUGAUUCAGGUAGAAUCCUUUUCCUUUCCUGAACUCGAAGUAGAACAUUGAAUAUGUACUUUAUAUUGGAUUUAUUUAGUUGUUUCUGGUCGUGUUGCAUUGGACUUGUAUGUCGUGACUUCGUGAUUGCAUAUCGGUAGUUGGGUUGUUGGAAUGACAAGAAUGUCUCAUCUCUUCCUCAA